GGAUAACGACAGUUUGUAUUAAAAAUAACGACAGUUAUUUUUAAUAUAAAAAACAUAAAAUAACUUUGUAGUAUCAUAUCACCUAAGAAGAUCUAAAAGAACGUAUACUACAAGAGAAAACACAGUAAACGUAUAACGUCACAAAACAAUGAUUAUUAUUGUAGUAUUGGUUAUUAUACUUCUUGUAUCAAUACAUCAUUAUUAUGUACAUUAUGGAAAAAAAGGACGACUUCUAAAUCUUCUUCCGGGACCGCCACCUUUACCAGUAUUAGGAAACUCACUUCUCUUCAACGUGUCAAUUGACGAAGUAUGGAACAAAAUAUUGGAAAUAGUUGAUCAAUACUAUCCAAUCGUAAGAAUAUGGUUGUUUCAUUUACCAUGGAUAGGAAUACGUCAUCCAGAUGAUAUUCAGGCUAUAUUGGGCAGCACGAAACAUAUUGAAAAAAGUCUUAUAUACAGCGUAUUUCAUCCAUGGCUUCAAACAGGUCUUUUCACAAGCGGAGGUAGCAAAUGGCGUACACGACGAAAAAUAUUAACACCGACAUUUCAUUUUACUAUAUUAAACCAGUUUAUUGACAUUUUCAUUGAAGAAAGCAAUCGCAUGGUUACAUCUUUAAAAAAAGCUAGAGAACCGGUUGUAAAAGAUUUACUAUCAUUUACAAACAAACAUAUGCUAAACAUAAUAUGUGAAUCAGUUAUGGGUAUCACUUUAGAAAAUUCUACCGAAUCACAACAAUAUCGAAAUGCUUUUCAUGCGAUAUUUGAAAUCAUGUUUUACAGGUUUCUAAGGCCCUGGUUGUACAAUGAAUGGAUAAUUGCAUUGUUACCAAUAGGAAGAAAACAAAGAAAACUUGUGAGCAUUUUGCACAGCUUCACAGAAAAAAUUAUUGCAAAAAGGAAACAGUAUCACAAACUCACUGAUGGUCGAUAUUUAAAAAAUAUCGAAAAUGAUACAUCUGCAAAAGUAGAUGAUACAGAAAUCAUUGGAAUCAAAAAAAAACGGCUCGCUAUGUUGGAUUGUUUGAUAUCCAUGUCACAAGAAAAUAAUUUAACCGAUUCAGACGUUAGGGAGGAAGUCGAUAUCUUUACAGCUGCGGGACAUGAUACUACAUCAAUAACGGCAAUGUUUGCUUUAAUGUUGUUAGCCGAACAUAAGGAUAUUCAGGAUCGCGUUAGAUUAGAAGUUAAUACUAUCUUCAAAGAAAAUAACGAUAAAUUUACCAUGUCGUCGCUGCAAAAUCUAUCUUAUUUAGAAAGAUGUAUUAAGGAAACACUGCGUUUAUAUCCAAGUGCGGCUAUAAUAGCGAGAGUGACAACGGAAGAUGUAAAAUUACAAUCAUACAUAGUACCUGGUGGAACAAAUAUAUGUAUUCAUAUCUACGCCGUGCACAGAGAUCCUAAAUUGUGGCCCAAUCCAGAGAUAUUUGAUCCAGAUCGAUUUUUACAGGAAAGAAGCAAAAAUCGCCAUCCCUAUUCUUAUUUACCGUUCAGUGCAGGACCUCGAAAUUGCAUAGGUCAACGAUACGCUUUGUUAGAAUUAAAAGUUAUACUUGCUUUGUUGAUACACAACUUUUAUUUAGAGCCUGUCGACUAUUUAAAAGAUGUAAAACUACGNUAUACCGCACUGAUUNAGCCUACUAAGCCAGUUUCUAUAAGAUUUGUUCCAAUUGAAUCGUUAUAAUUAAUCCACUGACAAAAAUAAAUAAAAUCUAAUUUUGUCUAAGUACACAAGCAAAACAAUCUCAUACAGCACAGAACUUUCCGGUUAUGUUGCUACAAUGUUACGUCAUUGCAAAUUGCAAUGUAAUGUAACAGCAAUAUUAUAAAAUCAUUGGAAUUGCAAUAAAACAAUAACAAUAUUGCGGCAAUGUUUCAAAA